AUGGGUGUUUUUAAUCGAUUUUAUUUUCUGGGUAAACCAUUAGCUCUUUGUGGCACUGCUGGCUUUCUAUGGGCACAAUUAAAUAAUGACAACGAUAUCGAUAAAGAAAAAUUAAAAUUAACUAUCAAUCAAGCUGAUCUUAUUUGCCAAGGAUUUAAAGAGAAACAAGGAAUUCCAGGUGUUAGUAUCGGUGUAACAAUGCAUGGCUCAUUUGUGUGGAGAAAAGGUUAUGGCCUAGCUGAUAUUGAACAACGAGUUCCAUGUACGCCUGAUACAGUUAUGCGUAUUGCAAGUAUUAGCAAAACAUUUACAGCUACACUCGCAGCACAAUUUGUAGAAAAAGGAAAAUUGAAUUGGAAUGAUAAAAUUGAUAAAUAUCAUCCUGAUUUACCAAAAUUUUUAUUUGAAAAUGUACCUGUUUCAAUUACUGUUCGUCAAUUAGCUUCACAUACAAGUGGUAUUCGUCACUAUUGGAAAAAAGGUGAUCCAGAAACAGAUGCUGAAUUCAAUCUUCCAGAGUAUUAUAUAGCUCGUCCAUUUCCAACCGUAACUGAAUCUCUAUCACUCUUCGUUAAUGAUGAAUUAUUGCACAAGCCUGGUACAACAUGGCUGUAUACAACGCAUGGUUAUACAUUAUUAAGUGCUAUAUUAGAACGUAUUUCAGAUGAUAAACAUUCAUAUGCUGAACUUCUCAAUGAUUUAAUUACUAAACAACUUGAUUUACGUAAUACAAAACUUGAAUAUCCAGACGAAAUUGUACCGAAUCGAAGUCGUUAUUAUUGGCGUCGGUCAUUAAAAGAAGGUUUAAGAAAUGUUGCCUAUGUUGAUUUAUCAUAUAAAUGGGCAGGUGGUGGAAUACUAUCAAAUGUAACUGAUCUUCUUCUUUAUGCUAAUAAUCUUUUACAAUGUCGUCAAACAAAAUUAGUAAGUUCUGACAGCAAUAAGCAAUUAUUGAAAAGUGAAACCAUUCGAGAAUUAUGGUCACCAAUAGUGGCAACAAAUAGAAAAAAUACUUCUUAUGGUUUAGGAUGGAUGAUUGCGAAAGAACAACCAUCUUCUAUCAAUCAAUGUAGUAUCCCAUCUCAUAUUUAUCAUACAGGUGGUGCUGUUGGAGCGACAUCAAUAAUUCUUAUCAUUCCAUGUUCAAAUAAUUGUUCGAAUCCUCGUUGUGGUAUAUGUAUAUCUAUUUUAACAAAUCUUCAAAGUGCUCGAGAAAUUUAUCAAACCGCAUUAGACAUUGCUUUACUUUUUCGUCAUGUUUCAUCGUGUUCGAAUGACUCUAAACUGUGA